AUAAAAUAUGUUCCAUGUCAUCCCCAGUUAUUUUAAACAUGUGGGCAUGUUUGCCAGUUGGCUUUGGCUCGUGUACUUUACAAAUAAGAUCUUUUUUCGUCCACUUAUAUGAUAUCCAUCUGACCAGGCCAUUGGAAAAAUUGUCAUUUCUUUUCCAUGAAUGACACCUCAUAUUCACUUCCGUCAACAUAACUAUCUUCCCCAUGUUAGUAUGUACCACUUGCCCUCAUACCAUGCAGCUACAUGGUCAUCAACAGAGAAAUUCCUCGCAUUGGCCAGAGGUUCAUCUGAUUCAGGGAGUAGGACAGCAUCGAUCAUACUUGGUUGUUCCACUCCAUUUGAUCCAUGGGAUAGGUCAACUUGUUUUCUGGGAGAAGUUUCUUGGGAAUCAAUCUCCGGCCUUUUAUCAUGGCCAUCAUUGACGUUUGCAUACUUUACUUUCAGGUUAACUGUUUGUUUAGUUUAGUUUAGUUUAGUUUUAUUGUUAUUUACAGUGGUAGGUUCAAUACA